AUGCUGUUGAUGAAGCCAAACAGCCUAGAACAAGCUGUCCAAGACGUGGUCAGGCAGACAAUCGUGUCCCAAUGGUUUACUCCUUCCGAUGGCUACAAGUGGAACAUCAAAGGUCCCAUAUUCGACAGCAAUAACACGCCCGAUGGCACCGUCAUCCAAGUUAUUCAAGUGGUCCAGAUACCCGCAGUGACAUUCGAGUGGACCGAACACCCAAUCUUCCUAGUAUUAUGCAAGCGCCCAUCUAGCCCAGGUGACACUAUAUUAGACUGGGAUGGUAUCAUGCAGGACCGGUUCAUUCAUCACCUCUCAGAAAACUCAAACUCACCAGAAACGAAAAGACUAUUUCCACCUAUUGCUGUCGGCAAGAAAGUGAAGUUCGACCUAUUCGACGGAAAAGCACAACCCGACCAAAGAUUGGCUCAGCUUCACCAAGGCCUAGUCGAUUUGAAAAAGGCGAAUGGAUCUGCACAGGUCGAAGACAUGAUGAACUAUAUCAAGACAAAUGCAUGGCAGUGGGUUACCGACUAA